UGUUGGUUCCAAACAUUACAUUGAUCUUACCAGUCCCAGUCUGAAGACAUCUUUGACUCCAGCUCUCUGAAUAAUUUUAUUCAUUCUAAGUAACAUAGGGUGGAUGAGAUGUUUGCUGCUGCUUUCUUCAUCUUGUCUUUGAUGACUUGUCAGCCUGGGGUAACCAUUCAGGAGAAGGUGAACCGGAGAGUAAGCCGGGCUGUUCAGAACUCCAGCCCCAGAGCCGUUAGCUGCCAGCUCAGCCACUGGUCAGAGUGGACGGACUGCCUACCAUGCCAGGACAAAAAGUACCGACAUCGGAGCCUCCUGCAGCCCAACAAGUUUGGGGGAACCAUGUGCAGUGGCGACAUCUGGGAUCAAAUCAGCUGUCACAAUCCCACAGCUUGCGUAAGUCAAGCACAGUGUGGAGAGGAUUUCCAGUGUAAGGAGACAGGUCGCUGCCUGAAACGCCACCUGGUGUGUAACGGAGACAAUGACUGCCUUGAUGGCUCUGACGAGGAUGACUGUGAAGAUGUCAGGGUCCCUGAAUUUGACUGCACCCUGUAUGACCCCAUUCCAGGAUCAGAGAAAGCGGCCUUGGGGUACAAUAUCCUGAUCCAGGAAGAAGCCCAGAGCGUGUAUGACGCCAGGUAUUUUGGCGGCCAGUGUGAGACAGUCUACAAUGGGGAAUGGAGGGAGCUUCGAUAUGACCCCGCCUGUGAGCAUCUUUACUAUGGAGAGGAUGAGAAGUACUUCCGGAAACCCUACAACAUCCUCAUGUACCACUUUAAGGCCCUGGCAGACACCAGACUCUCCUCAGAGCUGCACGAUGAUGCACGUGACCUUCUUUCUAAAGUAAAAAAUGACAUGUCAGUGUCGGUCGGAGUGACUCUAGGUGUGGGCCCCGUACGCACUCCUGUGACCGUGGAUGUGGGUGCAUCUGGGUCACGAGACUCUUUGUUCUUGGAGGAGUUAAACAAGUAUAAUGAAAAGACAUAUAGCUUCAUGAGAAUUUCCACAAAGGUGCAGACUGCUCAUUUUAAGAUGAGGAGGGACAAUAUUAUGCUGGAUGAAGGCAUGCUUCAGUCAUUAAUGGAGCUCCCAGAGCAGUACAAUUAUGGCAUGUAUGCCAAGUUCAUCAAUGACUACGGCACUCAUUACAUAACGUCUGGAUCGAUGGGCGGCGUUUAUGAAUAUAUCCUGGUAAUUAACAGAGAGAAAAUGGAAUCAUAUGGUCUUACCAUCACAGAUAUCAAGACAUGCUUUGGAGGUUUUGUGGGCAUUGGAUAUGACUAUUCAGAACGUUUAAACAUUGAAGGGAAGUUAUCAGGGGACGUCUGUGCAAAAUUCGGAGGUGGCGAUGGGAAAAACAACUUGACAGCCAUGGGUGUGGAAGACAUCAUUUCUCGGGUGCGAGGUGGCAGUUCUGGCUGGGGCGGUGGCUUAUCUGAAAACAGUAGCACCAUUACAUAUCGUUCCUGGGGGAGGUCAUUAAAGUAUAAUCCUGUUGUUAUUGAUUUUGAGAUGCAGCCCAUCCAUGAGGUGCUGAGGCACACUACCCUGGGGCCCCUGGAGACCAAACGCCGGAACUUGCAGCUGGCUUUGGACCAGUACCUGAUGGAAUUCAACGCCUGCCGCUGUGGGCCCUGCUUCAAUAACGGGGAGCCCAUCCUCCAGGGCACGAGCUGCAAGUGCCUGUGCCCCACGGGUCGCAAGGGCUCUGCCUGUGAGAAAAUGGAGCAAAAGGAAGCCAAGGCAGAUGGUCGCUGGAGCUGCUGGAGCUCCUGGUCUGCCUGCAGAGCAGGCACCCAGGAGAGGAGGAGAGAGUGCAACAACCCUGCACCCCAGAAUGGAGGUGCUUCGUGUCUGGGAGGUAAAGUGCAGACCCGGGCUUGCUGA